AUGUCUGUGGUACCACCAAUAGCUGUUUCAUCUAAAUGUUUUAAAAAUGAUCCAGUAUUGGUUUGUGAUAAAACAUAUUUCAUUGAUGCUUCUAAUAAGAGCUUGAAUACUUUUCCGUUAAGUAUCCUACUAUUAAAGGAAUUAGAAGAAGUGCAUCUAGAAAACAAUGAGAUUGAUGAAAUCCCCAGUGCUAUUCAGAAUUUAGAGAACAUCAGAGUCCUUUACCUGAACAAAAACAAAUUGAGUGAACUGUGUCCAGAGAUGGGGAAACUGAGUAAAUUGGAGGGCUUGGACCUGAGCAACAAUCCCCUCUUGGUGUCUUCCCUGCACGUCCUCAGUAAUAUCCAUUCCUUGCGUGAACUCCGUCUCUACAACAGCGACCUGGAGGAGAUUCCUAUUGUCAUCUGUAAAUUCCUUCAUCAUUUGGAGCUGCUUGGACUGAGUGGAAACAAACUGAAAGCUCUGCCCAGGGAAGUAAUGACUCUAACCAAACUAAGGGAGAUAUACUUGAAGCAUAAUCAAUUUGAAAGUUUCCCUCCAGAACUAUGCAUGCUCCCUAAUCUUGAGAUCAUUGAUUUUGAUGAGAACAAAAUAAGUGUCAUCCCAGAGGAGAUCAAGGACCUAAAGAAGCUGCAGAAGUUUUAUGUGGCUAAUAACAACUUGUCUAUUCUACCUGAGUCACUGGGACAGUGUACUUACCUAUCAGUGUUGGAUUUAUCCUAUAACUAUCUACGCUUCAUCCCACAAACUCUAUCUGGGAUAUUGGAGAUGACUGAAUUGGGUCUGAGUGGCAACCACCUAGGGAAGAUAUCACACUUCAUAUGCAAGUGGACCUCACUGCACCUGCUCUACAUGCAUAACACGGGUCUAAAAGGACUGCGCCGCUCUUUCCGGCAUUUGAUCAACUUGCGUUUCCUGGAUCUCAGCCAAAAUUCUCUGGAUUGUUGUCCACGAUUUAUCUGUGCAAUGAAAAAUCUGGAAGUGCUGGCACUGGAUGAUAAUAAGCUAUGGAAGUUGCCUUCAGAAUUUGGCUCACUUUCAGAACUGAAGAUCCUUGGGCUAUCUGGAAAUCAGUUCUUUAGAUUUCCAGAAGAAAUACUUCAUUUAGAAUCUUUAGAGAAAUUAUACAUUGGGCAAGAUCUGGGCAACAAGUUCACCAGUUUACCCGAAGGCAUUAGCAUCCUACAGAAUCUUAUAGAGCUGCAUGUAGAGAACAAUAAACUGGAAUCCUUGCCUAAAUCCUUAGGGGAAAUGCCUAAUCUGAAAGUUCUUGACUGUCGCAACAAUUUACUUAAGCAACUUCCCGAUACCAUUUGUCAAGCACAAGGUUUGACAGAAUUGCUGCUUGAUUACAACUUGCUCACCAAACUUCCAUAUCAUUUGGAUUCUCUGGAGAACCUGAAUGUUCUGACACUACAAGACAAUCCAAUGGAAGUGCCCCCCAUAGAAGAAUGUGUCAAAGGUUGCAAGGCCAUAUGGGAAUAUCUUCAAGAAUAUAGAAAUAAAAUAUUUAUGGCAACAAAGAUUCAGGCAUGGUGGCGUGGAGUCAUGGUGCGAAAAGGACUAGGGAAGUUUGAAGAACUAAGGCUGCAAAAAAAAGGAAAAAAUUCUGCCAAGGAUAAGAAAGAU